CACCUCCUCCUCAAAAUGUCGCUCGGUACGCUUUACACCAUCCCAGGGCAAGCUCAGGGCAAGCGCGUUCGCGCUGCUGCCGCGCUCGCAGGUCUGAAGGUCGACCUGCCUGAGAGCUACGUUCACUUCCAGGACAACAAAAAGCCAGAGUUCUUGUCCAAGUUCCCCCACGGCAAGAUUCCCGCCCUGGAUGGUGCUGAUGGGUUCAGGAUUUUCGAGACCACUGCCAUCUCCCGUUACAUCGCUUCUCUUGCUCCCAAUUCCACUCUCCUCCCCCCCGAUCCCAAGGUAGCUGCCCUUGUUGAGCAGUGGGUCUCCGUUGCCGACCAUGAGAUUGGUGACUACGUUGGUCUCAUCAACCAGCUCUGUCGCGGCGUCAUCCCCUAUUCGAAGCCCGUCCACCAGACCUUCACCGAGCGUGCUAUCCGUGGCCUUAAGACCGUUGAGCAGCACCUCACGACCCGCACCUACCUCGUCACUGAGCGUAUCACUCUUGCCGACCUCGCCCUUGCAUCUGUCGUCUUCCGCGCCGCCCCCGUGAUCCUCGAUGCAGAGCUCCGACCGCAAGUCCCCAACGUCAUCCGUCACGUCGAGACGAUCGUCAAUCACCCUGCCCUGAAGGAGAUCUAUGGCCCGCUUGAUUUCUGCGAGAAGGCGCUCCAGUUCAUUCCUCCACCUAAGGAGAAGAAGGAGGCUAAGCCCGCUGCCGAGAAGCCCAAGGCGGAGAAGAAGCCCGCGAAGAAGGAUGAUGACGACGAUGACGAUGACGAUCUCGUUCCCAAGGAGGAGCCCAAGGCCAAGAACCCGCUCGAUUUCCUCCCCAAGUCGAACUUCAACCUUGAGGACUGGAAACGUGCCUACUCCAACAAGGACACUCGUGGCCCUAACGGCUCCAUUGAGUGGUUCUACCAGAACUUCGACAAGGAGGGCUUCUCCAUCUGGCGCGUCGACUUCAAGUACAACAACGAGCUGACUCAGACCUUCAUGUCCUCGAACCAGAUCGGCGGCUUCUUCAACCGCCUCGAGGCGUCCCGCAAGUACCUCUUCGGCUCAGUGGGUGUCCUCGGCCAGACGAACGACUCCAUCAUCGCCGGUGUCCUCAUCGGCCGUGGCCAGGACAUCAAGCCGGUCGUCGACGCUGCUCCCGACUAUGAGUCGUACGAAUACAAGAAGCUCGACCUCGAGAACGCCGAGGACAAGGCUUUCUUCGAGGCUGCUCUUGCCUGGGACCUCGAGAUCGGCGGCAAGAAGUGGGUUGAUGGCAAGAACUUCAAGUAAAAGUUCCACCUGUGACGACAUGCUGACGAGAGUUGUAUCCAUUGCUCUACUGUGUCUCCUUAGAUCAUCUUGUGCUGUGUCUGUAUAAUGUAGCAAUCAAAAGCAAAAAGAAUCGGAAGAUAUAUCCUUGGACGAC